UCACGCAUUCCACCCCUUCCUCCUCCUCAGCCUCCACCGAUCUCCAAAAAAUGGCCGCGCCCAAUCUCCCCCUCUUCCUCCCCGUGGCGUUCCUCCUCCUAGCGGCGGCGCCGGCCCCCUCCGCCGCGGAGAAGUUCGUCGUCGGCGGCAAGAAGAACUGGGCCGCCAACGUCAACUACACCACCUGGCCCGACCAGUACCACUUCCACGUCGGCGACUGGCUCCAGUUCAACUACGCCAGGGACAUGUACGACGUGGUGCAGGUGGCGGACGCGGCGGCGUACGACAAGUGCGACGCGAGCAAGCCCCUCGUCAAAUACGACCGCGGCCGCGGCUUCGUGUUCCAGCUCAACCACACGGGCCGCUACUACUUCAUCUGCAGCCGCGGCUACUGCUGGAGCGGCAUGAAGGUCACCGUGCUCGUCGAGGAAAGUCCCGCGCAGCCGCCGCACGCCGCGGCGCCGUCGCCCAACGCGGCCGCGCGCCACGGCGUCGUCGCGUGGGCCGUCGCCGCCGCCGCGGCCUCGCUCUGCGCGGCGGUUCUGGGUUUGCCGUUUGCGGUGUGGCUGUGAAUGUGACCGUGUGAGCGGAGGGAAGGGAGGACCAAUGGGUCUUUUUCCAGUAUGGGCCGUCCGGGCCUUCAGCGCCACUGCGUGGCCGUUUAUGGAAGGUACUUGCUGAUUAAGAAAGCGUGCUUUGGAA